AUGAGGGCGUCUUUAAUUUUAGCGGGUGGAGGCUCAGAAGAUCCUAGUACUUCUGAAACCGUGACUCGCGGGGUGCGAAUUCCAAAUUCAUAUCCGCCUCUUGAACCCAAUUUUGGUGUUCGCAGGAGUCCAGCAGGCUACUCUAGCUAUGCAGCUGAUGACAGUGAUUUCCAGAGGUCGAGAUCAGCUUCGUUCUCUGUGCGCUUCAGACAAGUAGGAGGAGUUAACAGCAUUGAUAAUUUUGCUCGGUCAUGGCAACGAGCUGCGGGUUUCCCCGAAAUUCUUCCCCGCCGUUCCUCGUACGUAGCGGUUGAUUCAGACGAAGAAAGAAGAUCCACCGUUAAUGACGUGAUCGAGCCACAAGAGUCUGACUUCACUCGACCAUUGCUGGGUAUCGAUGGAGAAUCAGAGGAUAGUGGGCCGAUUGACCGCAAUGCUCUUCCAAGAAAUGUCUUUGGCUCCUCGCUGGAUAGAAGCCUUGGGACCUCAUAUGGCACGAUAUCCUCUCGUGUUAGUGAAGCGACGUGA